UACAAUUGUUAAACGAAUGAAAGUAGUGUUGUUUGCGAGACCAGAAAAUCAUGCAAAAUUAUCCGAAACAUUGUGUUUGAUCCAGCAAAUUGGGCGUGCAUCUUGUUCGUGAUACUCACGGCUCGAGAUUUCGGUAUCAGGAGCGAAGAAAAUCGUCCCGAGGCGACGGAGUUUAGCGAUUAAAGUUCACCGUAACUCGUUGCAGAGAAGAAAUUUUUCGCUAUUUCAGCACUUCAAUAUAAGUAAUGCCUGUGGAAGUAACUCAAAAGAAGAAGGAAGACGGAAAAUGAUUUGAAAGUAUAUUUUCUAGCUAAAAGUUUCUGUCCUAGUGAAGAUUGAUAGUUUCGAAAUGAUUGUGUGAAAAAAUACAUUGAAUUAGCUAGUGUCCUUGGUAUUUCUCUGUGAGAAAGUGCGAAGAUUUUCUCGGUUGGAAGCUGAGGAAAAAACCAACCAGCCAGUCUUUGGGAAAUUACAUUGCGUAGGAAGAAAGAGCGCAGCGAAACAGAAAAUUAUGAAAUGAACCUUCGGCAAUGGGCUCACAGACCUUGGAAAUAUUGCGACAAGGAGUACUGGCCAGCCUGACCGGCGGUUGGUUCUACGAUGUGCACCAGAAUGUGUUUUGCAACGCUGUCCAUCUAUACAUCUGGUUGUUCCUGCUUUUCCUUCCCUUCAUAGUUUACAUGUACUUUCCUACCACGGUGCUGGUAUGGAGCCUAUACUGCGUAUUGAUUGCCGUCAUCAUAAGUUUCUUCAAGUUUGUCAAUGUGGCCCUGCAUCGAAUGUACGACAAGGCGCGGACAAUGUCCGAUACGAACCUGAAGAAGCCGGUGAAAGCUCCCCGUGAGACUUCCGGCGAUGAUGAUGCCGGCAUUGAGAUGCAAAUUCUCGGGACGGUGGAAGUGAUGGAAACUCCACCCGUCAACAUGUCAUCGCGAACCUCAGUCGAGCGUCAUAGUGAUGAGAUAAGCUGUGCCAACAGUGCUGUUUCCAUCGAUUACCAGGAGCAGGUUACGAGUACGAUCGACUUGAAGGUUGAUGUUCAUCGGAAGAAUAGUUCCGAAUCUAGCGAUAGUAACAAUGGCACCAGUGGAGAUGCGGCCGCCCGACCCAGUGGAGGAAACUUUCCGAAAGCGGUCGCUCUCGCGUCCACGGUGCAAACACAAUCGGCGGAGAUUUGCAGUACGGCAACACACAAACGUUCUCUAAGUACGCCAAAUCAAGGUAAAUCACAAAACCUCGGAACAGACUGCCAAGAAGAACCCAGGGAGAAGGACGCCAUUGAUGGCGAAGAAGGAGCUGUCGGGGGUGAAUCGUCUAAAGGUAGUGGGAAGAAAAGUGCUACACUUCGGAGGCACCAGUAUAAAUCGAAGCGAAAACAGCGCUUCAUGAACACUCAACUUCAGAGGCAAAUAUCCUUGGACUCGGAGAAGAUUGGAAUGGGCAUUGUAUUUGCCGAUGAGGGUGCCGCGGGAGGCGUUCAACUUCAGAGACAUCUGAGCUCUGAGGACCAAAACAACAAAUCAAACACGUCUUUAUUUCAUCACCACCAUCAUCAUCAUCAUUUGCUAACGCUACAGAAUCUCGAUCCCGAUAUGUACAUGGAUCAUAGCUACACAAAAUCGGCCGUUCAAUUAGCGGUUGAAAAUAUUCCCGGAGAAACAACGAGUAAAAUAUACUUGCUACAGCAAUCAACUCCGAUCCGGCGUGACUCUAAUAGCACGAUGUCGGCUAUUCAGCUGCCUACCAUUGUGGGGAACGCAUCCGGUAAAAAUAGACGUCAUUCCAAUGCAAACUCGAAUGCUAACGCAGGUGUUCGACCACUGCCACGAUCUCUCACAUCUGUUCGGCGUAUCAAAAGCGCAGCCCUGGAAACCUGCAGUCCCUCGUCGAUAUCAAAUCUAGCGCCUACCCACCCAAACAGUGUUGAAGUAAUAGGAGGGCAAACACUCAGAAAUCCGCAGCAUACGGUGAUUCCUCCACCUAGCAAAUGCCUCUCACGAAACCCACAUCUCAAUCUAUUUCCCAAAUCAAACGGAGGUAGUGCUUCCGGACUAGUAGUGUUAACUGCAGCUGCCGUUAAUACCAAUGCCUCGAAUAACGACCCAGUAUAUCCGAUAGCGGAGCAAGCCGACGAGAGCACUCCAGUGAAGAACCAAGCAGGGAAUGUUGAAUUGUUUGAACUUAGUUUCGAUUCGGAUAACGCCCGUGAGGGCGAUGAUGAUGAAGACGACGACGACGACGAGGAUGACGAAGGUGAUGAUGACAAUGAUGAUGACGAUGAUGAAGACAUUAUCGAUAGACUCCGAGGGGGAGUGAGCGAAGACGAAAGCGUUCACACCAUUCACACCCAUAUCCAUCGACAUCACCAUCACCACCAUCAGAUCCCGACAGUCGAUGUGAGCCGGCAAACCUCUCUACAAAACUCCCAACAAUCGAAUCCUCCCUCGCAUUCUCAAACGUCUCACCCGAUUGAAUGCGAACAUGACGAUCAGGACACCGAAUCUGAUCUUGAUCAACCCACGUUGCACUCAACCGAUUCGGAUACGGAAAACAACGCUGGCUCUCGGUCACCCUUGCUCGAGCCGCGCAACCGAGCGCCGCUUGUGAUUGUGGAGGCAAAAAAUUCGUCGUGCAUUAUUCCUUUGUCAAGCACGGUGGAAGCGGGGAUAGCGUCAAUGAAGCUGUCAAAAUCGGGGGAUAAAAUGAAAAAAUCUUCUACCCUCACAAUGGAAGAUUCGCCGAUAAAACAGGGGUUCGAGGAGAACGGUGGACCUUCGUCCAGUGACUGGGAGCAGGCAAGUGCGAGCUCGAAGGAUAUGUUAAUCACGAAAGAAAGGUCCAGUAAAACAGGCGGAGAUGGUGAUGCUGUGGAUGGAAUUCGUGUCGGGAAUGCAAAGGAAGUAGACACAAGGGCAGGCGCAAGCGGUCAGAACAAGAAUCAACCAUGGUUCGAGUAUAGUUAUGAUGUUACUGUAGAUGGAGAUUGUUCGACCGCUGAUGAUGGACAGAAACAGAAAAGUGAUAGUGGUGGCAAACAAAUUGAGAGAGAAAAAAGUGGAUCACUUCCGUCUGAUAGUACGCAAGUAGCAAUUUCCCGAAACCUCGGAGCUAUUCCGAAAACAUCUUCCAGCCGUAUCACCAGUCGCCGUCUCAGCGCAGAGGAGAACUAUCCAAGUUCCAGCAACAAAAUCUACAAUCGCACUCUCUCGCAGCGGCUGUCAGCGGAACGAAUACCAGAAAAUGCAACUGCUGCCCCGCUGAUAACCUUUUUUCGUUCCGAGGUUCCAAUUCCACCCAUCUAUCUGCCUGGCAAUAAUUCACUUUCCGAGCAGCAAACAUCUAGCUUCACCUCCUUCCGAAGGCCUAAUGCAUACGGAUCGGAUCGGAGUUAUCGGCAGUUUCAGUGCCGGCUGAGGAUGUCCCGGAGUAAACACCCGGUUGUCUCCAUGGAACCAAAUAUUGGUGCAGGCCCGAGUGGUAGUGGUAGUAAUGGGGGAUCCUUCCGGGAUGAUGAUAAUAAUAAUUGUAAUUACUGUAUAGAUUCAAUCGAUAAUCCAACGACGUCCAACCGGAGCGCUAGUGGUUCCAGUACCACGUUCCAGGAUCAAACAGAGGUGCCUUUAAAUUUCUUCGUAGACGAACCGGAACGGUGGGUGCAAUACGCAACGAUUGAGAAUGUGAUCAAAGAACGAAUAGCCAGAAGUCGAAGCUCGGGUGGUGGAAUUGCAAAUUCUGGAGACAAUAACAAUACUUCAAUCAAUUCAUCCGGGCUGGAUAAAACACUGGCUCCGACAGAAUACAGCCUAUCCAGCGCUCAAAGUGCUGUGGAUGUUGUGCCACGAUCGAUGUUUGGCGAAGCACAAAUACGACCGAAGCGAUACUACAAAUUUCCAUUCAAACUGUUCUGGCUGAAAGAAGUGAACAUUUCAAUGAAUCGAUUGCAACUACUGGCGCUGUUUGAUCGUGACACGAGCUGGUUUCAAGUAGUAAUGGCAAUCAUUCUCUGCACGUUAGUGUCGCUACUGGGAGCGACGGUACUGUAUCUGAAGUUCUACGAAGAUCUGUAUGCAUUUAUAUUCUGCUUCGUCAUCGCUGGCAGUCAGUAUUCGCUGUUGAAAAGUGUUCAACCGGAUGCAGCGUCGCCUAUUCAUGGUUUUAACAAAACCGUGACGUACUCGAGGCCUAUCUACUUUUGCUUGUGCUCUUCGAUACUUCUAGUAGCGCAUCAUAUGCUGCGAGAGUACCAACUAAGCCCGGAUCCCGUGAUGGAUAAGGUUUCCCUGUUUGGCUUUCAGAUAUCCAUAAUCGAAUUUCUCCAGUGUACUCAGAGCAUCCUUUCCGUGGUGAUACUGCUGUUUCCGUUUCUGUUUAGUUUGGGCUUGUUCCCUCAAAUCAACACGUUCGCAAUGUAUUUCCUGGAGCAGAUCGAUAUGCACAUUUUCGGCAGCAACGCGGCAUGCAGUCUUCUGUCCUCGUUUCUGUCCAUUGUCCGAUCAAUCUUGGCAUGCAUUCUUCUGUUUGGGCCUGCCUACGGUGGGCUGUCGGAAACCGGCACACAACAUGUGCUGUUCUCAAUGUUCUGCGCCUUUCUCAUAACAGUCUCUUAUCAUUUGUCGCGAUGUGCCAGUGAUUUCACUUACAUAUGGGCCGUUAUCAAAUCAAGUCUCAUAGUGCAUCCCGAUUAUGAUGAAAGCAGUAAGGAAGAAUCGAAAGUAUCGAACGAUUCGGAAGACAACAAGAUAACGAGUGAAAACGAACCCCAGCGUUCAAGCAACGAAAUACAAAAAGACCUGGACGAGGAAGCGAACCGGGACUCAGUCAAGGAACUUGAUGAUCCCCUUCCCAAGAAGUUGCAGUGGACGGUGACGGCUCGGCUUAAAAAUGAUGCUGUGGUGUGCGUGGUGCUUUCGAUCAUCAUCUUUAGCCUUCAUUGCAGCACGGUUUUCACGGUUCUUCAGCCCGAUAUAAACUAUGUCCUGCAUACCGGCGCCUGCCUUCUCGGAUUCAUCAUGCACUACAUAAUACCCCAACUGAGGAAACAUCUGCCAUGGUUGUGUAUAGCGAAACCUAUUCUAAAGCCCAAGGAGUUUGGUCAGUUUGAGGUGCAAAAUCUGUCGAAGAUAAUGUGGUUCGAGCGGAUGUACGUUGGGUUGUGUUUCUUCGAGCGGAACAUACUAUACCCGUUGAUUUUUUUGAGUGCCCUAACAGCUGAUUCGGGUACGAUUGCCAAGAAGUUUGGUCUCACAGUGGGGACAGUUCUCGUUGUUGUUAGUGGUUUAAAGUGUGUACGGAAUGCUUACUCGGACAUCGGCAGUCAGUAUAUUAUCCUGAUUUUCACCGUACUAUUUUUCCGGAUAGACUACAAGCUUUCUAGUGAGACCUUUCUGAUAGACUACUUCUUUGUUUCGAUCGUGUAUCGAAAAGUCAGUGAAUUUUUGUUGAAGUUACAAUUCGUGGUAACCUACAUAGCGCCUUGGCAGAUAACCUGGGGUUCAGCGUUUCACGCAUUUGCACAACCCUUUAGUGUACCACACUCGGCGAUGCUUUUUCUCCAAACCGCAAUCAGCGCACUACUCUCAACCCCUUUGAACCCAUUUUUAGGAAGUGCCAUAUUUCUCACGUCGUAUGUUCGUCCUAUCAAGUUUUGGGAGCGCGAUUAUAACACGCGUCGUAUUGACCAUUCCAACACCAGACUAAGCUCGCAGCUGGAGCGCGACCUGGGCGCAGAUGAUAACAAUCUUAACAGUAUUUUCUACGAACAUCUGACACGGUCCUUGCAGCACUCGCUUUGUGGGGAUCUGUUGAUGGGUCGAUGGGGGAACGUUAGCCAAGGAGACUGCUUCGUGCUAGCGUCGGAUUACCUGAACUGUUUGGUUCACAUCAUCGAGCUCGGCAACGGACUGUGCACCUUUCAAAUGCGAGGUCUCGAAUUCCGAGGGACCUACUGCCAGCAGCGGGAAGUGGAAGCCAUCUCGGAGGAGGUCGAGGAGAACAUUGUUUAUUCUCAAACAGGUUGCUGCUGCUGCACGGUGGGUCAUCUGCCGAGAAUGCUGAGUGCGAAUGCGAUGUUCACCACCCGGUGGUUGGCUUGGCAGGUGAUGGCAUCGAAAUACGUACUCGAGGGCUAUUCUAUAUCGGACAACUCGGCAACCGCCACGCUGCAGGUGUUCGAGUUCAGGAAGGUUUUAAUCUCGUACUAUGUGAAGAGCAUCAUCUACUAUGUCAUCCGCUCGCCAAAGCUAAUUAACUGGCUGCAAUCGCAAGUGAUCGAGGAAGCACUGGAGCACACACUGGAUCGUCAAUUCGUCGACUUGGAUCCGGUCUUCAAUCACAACUUGGACGAUGAUUACGAUUUUCGGGCAGCGGGAGUCACUCGUGCGAGUUUCUGGAAUGUCUACGGCGAAUGGAUCCAGUUCUGUUGCGAGAAAAAACGUCAGCAAAUGCAAGCUGCUAUGAAUGAGAAGAAUACUCCGAAGAAAACUGGCGCUUCCACUUCGACACCAGGACCUGCCACUGUAUCGCCAGCUUCCACGAAUAAUGGAUCGAUGAAGGUGAAUGUGGGCACAUCAAGAGAGCAUAGUGAGCAAAGUGGAAAUGGGAAUGGUACAAACAAGCAAUCCAAUGAAGGAGAAUCUAGCAUGACCGUGCCUACAACUUCAAACUCAUGUAACAAUGGGAACAGUUUAGCGGGGACCUCAAAUCAACCAUUCUUCAACUCGAACCGCGAUUCGAUCGUCACAUCACUGUGCAUGGCGCUAGCACUCUUGGCACGAAGAACAUUGGCCACCGCCAGUCACAGUUCGUCUUGUGGUGUGGAGUUUUUCCUACAUGGUCUCCACGCGCUCUUCAAGGGAGAUUUCCGUAUAACGUCGACGCGAGAUGAAUGGGUCUUCGCCGACAUGGAGCUGCUACACGGUGUUGUUGCUCCGGCAGUACGUAUGUCACUGAAACUGCAUCAGGAUCAUUUCCUCUGUCCGGACGAGUAUGAUGAUUACGGGGCGCUGUUUAACGCAAUCGAUUACCAUACCAAAGAGUUGGUGAUUUCGCAUGAAGCCGAUCCGUUGUGGCGGAACGCCGUUCUCAGGGGUACGCCAAAUUUACUCGCAUUGCGUCACGUAAUGGACGAUGGAUCGGACGAAUAUCGAGUUAUAAGACUGAGUAAACGAUUCCUAAGCUUCAGGGUUAUAAAGCUGAAUCGUGAGUGUGUUCGAGGCUUGUGGGCUGGACAGCAGCAGGAGCUAAUUUAUCUCCGAAACCGUAAUCCGGAGAGAGGAAGCAUUCAAAAUGCUAAACAAGCUCUCCGCAACAUAAUCAAUUCGUCCUGUGAUCAACCCAUUGGAUAUCCCAUUUAUGUAUCGCCACUAACCACGUCCUAUGCGGAGACCAAUGCACAACUCUGCAGGAUUAUUGGUGGCGAAAUCACUUUGGAGAAAAUCCAACAUAUGAUUAUUUGCCUUUGGAAUCGAAUAAGACAGCGUUGCCGCGAAGGCUGCAGCAGCGGAAGUGCAAUAAUAGACAACGAAAUGGCUGAAAUACAGGGAGUUUACUGUAACACCCCUACGCCAAACAAUACUCUAUCGGGAACCGCCGGAACCUUGUCGUACGGAAGUCAGAAUAUGUCGCUCUCGGGCGCAGCGAAUCGUGGUAGCCUUGCCAGCAUCAACAAACCAACUAGUUCGACACUUCUAGCUGGUUUUCUGAAUCGUGAACGAGAUUCUGAACGGGACACUUUACGGGAUAGGGCCGGAGUAACCAAACGCAAUCUAAGCAGCAAUAGCAAAGAUCGAAUUGACCGGGCACUGGCUGCUAGCAAACGGGAAUCCUUUAAAGAAGCGCUUGCCAGUGGAAGUGGUAUGAACAUUGUUAGUGGAGGCCAUAAUUCAGGCCUGAAGCAACAGGAAAGUCAAGAGUCAACGUCGGGUAAUGCGAAAAGUAACACCUCGUCCUCAAUGAAUCUAAAUAUGCCAAAUACGAGCACGGCUAUGAGCAAUUCUGUUAUGCUAACGCUGUCACCACCCGAUGAGAGCUCAUAUAUGAUAUUCUCCAUGACAGAAUCUACAAAUUCUGUAGAGGCAGCAAACUCAAAGGAGAAAAAUCGAGCCAAUGAAGCAGAUGAUUUGGGCCAAUCACAAUCCCAAUGGAAUAAUGCGCCACCAUCUAUAGGGUUAAAUAAAAAAGUCAUUAUUGUGGACGCUUCCCAGAUUUAUGAUUGUCUCGAUCUCGGUCGUCGCAUAGACGUUACAUGGCCAAACGAACAGUUCCGGAGUUGUGGUGGUCGGUCCUCUUGGAAAGAUUGGCAGCCCCAGGAGGGAAUGGUUGGGAACGUUGUGCACUAUUGGCAACCCAACCAUCCCGAUCACUUCUACCGUUCGAAUGUCAAUCGCACCAUAUUGCUGGUGAACAUCGGAGAACGCUGUGUGCCAAUUGGUGAUAAAGGUGUUAAAGAGUACAAUACCAUCGGUUUGAUCACUUCAUCAGCGUCUACGCUAUCAACAUCGGGUUCGGCGAGUAACCAUCUAUCAUCUAUGGACGCACCGCCAAGUGUGUCCGGCGCCGCGGCACUAGGCGAAACUUUUGUUAUUAAUUCCAACUGCACUGAUUCAAACUUUUCACGUAAUGUUGUAACGCACGUAUCGGAGAACAAUUGCGAUGACGACUGUGCCGACAAUAGGCAUCUUGCCGAAGCGUCCAACGGGGGGGCUAUUGUCUAAACGUGUUUUCGUAGUUUAAGCAUAAGCCAAUUCCAGUUGUUCGCAUUCUUGUUGUUAUUGCCUAGAGUGCUUAGAAAUUGAAAGUCGCUAAUCAACUCAAACCUCGUUUCACCCACGUAAUACGCAUUUCCAUAUUAUGGCCUUAUUAUGUUCGUUUCUUAAACCAACGCCAGUGAAGUCGAGUGCUGAUAUGCUCCGAAAGCAUUUUAGCGCCGUUUCAAUUGUACUGUUAAUUGUACUGUUUCUGCCGUUUUGUAUGAUACAAUCAUGAUUUAAUUUGUUACGAACGUAUUUUAUUACUUCGUUACGCGUAGUAUAAAAUAGCGCGGGGAGAUGCUGCGGUGUGACUUUUGCACACACACACACACACACACACACACACACACACACACUGAUAACGAUGACGAGGGUGAGCGCAGAAAAAAUCGACUUUCAUGAAUUUGUUCUAACGAAAUAAAAAGUCUUAUGGUAGAUAGUAUAAAUUAGAUGGCGAAGGCAGCCACUAUUUGAGAAAGUAAGAUCGCAUUAACGAUAGCACAUUUCGUAAUCUAAGAGGGAAGAAUUUUAUUUUUGUAAAAAUAGCGGAUAAACAAUUUUGCAGAGGAAGACGGAUUUUAAAUAAAAUAUUUAAGUUUUAUCGCAGUUGAGAGAGAAAUACAGAGUUCGUGUGUGUGUUUUGUACGUGAGCGGGUCUGAGUUUGUAUGUAUGCGAUGCGAUAAAAUAUACUGCAAAAGAUGAAAAUGUGAUAACUAAGAGUAAGUAACUUUAUCUAUACUAAAUUUAUUACGAAAAAUUGAACAUAACAAAAACACAAGUGGUCGUUAAAUUAUUCAAUAGAUAUGUUGAAAUGAGAUAACAGAAAUUUAAAUUGUCACAAAUGUACUACAAUGGUUAAACAGACAGAAAGCUAUUACAAAUCACACGUAGUUAGAAAAUAUUGAUAAUAAAAAGGUUGGACCGAAAGUUAUUUAAACGGAAAUAAAACAGUUUGAUUUUGCUUUCGCUUUUAUUUAACGGAGAUUUUUAGAGCGAUUAGCUUUUACAUGAGAAAAAAGACCCCAGUCAGAGGAGAUUGGACCAGGUGGAUCGGGGUUUGGCAAGAAAGCAGUUCCUUGCCAAAACCUUGUCCUUGACCGGAUGUAUCGAGGAAAUUAUGUUGUGAAGAACUAAACUAAAUUUAUGAUGGAAUAUUAUUUCUUGUGGGGUGGAAUUUAAGGAAACGGAAUGUGGCCAAUGUGUAGUUCAUUCCACUCAAUUUGGUUUUUGCAUUCACUGAUGAGUAUGCCGGGCAAUCAUUCAAGUAUUAACAAACUAAACAUUCGUUACGAAUGACGUACAUAUCUAAAGCACUAUCUUUUUGGACUCCAUACGCGUUGAAUAAUUUAUAGCUAUCGCAGGACAAUGGAAAAACGGAGGAGAAUAAAGUCUGUUUCAGUUAGAAUUUGGUCGCAAAAAGUAGGACAUUUCUCAUCAUAGAAGUCACGUA